ACGGCGACCAAGGCUCGGCGAACACACUUGUUGCCGAGCAGCAGAAGCGCUACACUGCUUCGUCUUCGUCAACGUUUCCGCUGCCUUCAGGUUGGAUGUCUGCGUCAGUGUCGUCUCCAUGGAAGUUCGGACGCAUCGGUCAGCUCUGUGUCCUCCUGUUGACCUUCCUGCCCCGCCUCUUUGCAGGCAGACUGAGUAACUGCAGUUACCCUCUGGUGCCGGAACAUGGCGGCUUCCGCUGCGAGCCCUCGCCCUGCCAAGGUUUCCCCCACAAGAGCUCGGUCCACAUGUUCUGCGAGCCCGGGUACCGCCCCAACACAUUGGCCGCCGUCGCAUGGUGCCACCACGGCGCCUGGAAGCCCCCGCUUCCCGCCUGCGUCCGCCUCAAAGGGGGCGCUCACGUGAAAGUGGACAGCGGGGUCCACGUGGCGUCCACGGCUGCGGGCGUCUCCAUCUUCCUGCUGACCACCACCGCCUGCCUGGUGGUCAAGUCCCGACUGUGCACCUGUCUGUCACACAGCAGCAGACGGCGGCCGUCAGACCAGCUGGACCUGAUGGAGGAGGGACUUCCUGUCACGUUGCCGUCCUACGAGGAGGCGGUGUACGGCAGCUGGGGGCAGCGCCUCCCCACUUGCUCGUCACCGGGCCCCACCCAGCUCCUGUUGGCUCGCGAGCCCCUCGCCGACCAGCCGGGGGACACCCCGCCCCCUUAUGAGGAGGUCCAGUCACGGGGCAGAGACAGGACGAGCGAGGUGCUACACGUUUCGUUGUCGGACGACAAGGACAUUUGAAGGACAAACAGUUGAACAUUUGAUUGACAGCUCAAGGAUGUGAUGACUCAGCACUUUGUUUCUUUUUCUGGGGGAGGGGACGCAGCUGGCUGGCCUCCAGAUGGAAGAUGAUUGGCCAGUUUGCACACAUCUCAGUCAUUUUUGUAAUAUUUUUAAAUAUAUGUGUGUGUGUGUGUGUGAGAUACGUGCUUGAACACGCGUUUCCAUGGCAACCAACUGUGUGAGAAUUCCCGCCAGGACUUUGUGACUAAAUCUGUUGCAACAUGUGCUGGUGUUGUUUUAAAACGCUUCAAUUAUGAUUACUUUUUUAACCACAAGGAAGUAACGUCAACAGAAAUAGUUUGCUCCAGGGUCAAACCGUGGCCUUUUUUAGUCGCAUUUGAACAUUUUUAGCUUAGAUUACCCUCAAAUUCUGGUGGAAUUUUGAGAAAGCGUAUCACACACUCUGAAUGUAGUGCGUUUCUUUGAUGAACUCUUCUAAAUAAAUAAAAAAAACCAUUCUGUGUAUAUAUAUAUAUAUAUAUAUAUAUAUAUAUACAAAUAUAUCUUAUAAACUUCCUGUUUGUGAUGUCACAGCAUUUCCGAUGUUGUGUCAUCUUCACUGACAAGUUUCAUUUCGUGGAAUUUGCCGCCACAGUGGGAAACCGUGAAUCACCCUUUUUUUUUUAAAAAAAAAGAAGCUCACCCAAAUAUUAGGAACAGCUGUCAGUAUGAUGUAACUGCAGCCACAAUAGUAAUUGUAUUGUUCACUGGAUAUCUCUCAAAUGGUGUCCAAAGUGCAGCCCGGGGGCCAUUUCAGGCCUGCAGCUCAUUGUUUUCAUUGGCCCGUGACAGAAAUUCUUCUUCAAUUAUACAGAAGACAAAUAAAAACUGGCCCAAAGCCCCCCAAAAAAUGUCACCUGCAAACAAAAAUGUCCGACUUCCUGUGUGUGUCUUUCAGUGAGUCCUUCCAUAAUGAAUAAUCACCAGGAUACACAUACUCACAUGUGGGGGGAAACCGGAGAAAACCCACGAGCGCACGGGGAGUACAAGGAGAUGUCCAACGGAGAUUCAAACCCAGAUCUUCCAGAUCUCCUGACUGUGUGGACAACACGUUGACCACUAGGCCACCGUGUGGCAAGAAUAAUAAUAAUAAUAAUAAUAAUACAGUGGAACCUUGGUUAGUAUCAUUAAUUCAUUCGUAAUUAAUUCCAUUCUCGAACUGAAACGGACGCUAUCCAAAUACAUUUUUCCCAUAAGAAAGCCAAAAGUGUUAACACAAAACACGUUUUUCUAGUUUUACAACUAC